AUGGUGGACCCAAAAAUGAAAAAAAUUAACAACGGCGAUCUUUCUUUAAAAAACGUUCACGAAGACGUUUUAUUGCAAGGUUUUGUGGCUCACAAACGUAACUUCGGCGGAAUCACCUUCGUGGAUUUGCGCGACCAGUCGGGUCUUGUGCAGUGCGUUUUUCAAAAAGAGCAGGCCAACUUUAGUAGGGAGAGCGUUUUAGAGGUCAGGGGCAAGGUCGUAGCUCGCAAAACGCCUAACCCCAACUUGCAGACGGGACAAAUUGAAGUGGUGGCUGAUUCAGUCCGAGUUAUUUCGGGCGCUAAGCCGCUUCCUUUCGUGGUUGACGACCACUUGCAAGCUAAAGUCGACACUAGACUUAAACACCGCUACUUAGACUUACGUCGACCGGAAAUGCAAGCCAAACUAGUUUUUCGCCACCGCUUAGUCAAAAAUUUCCGCGAUUUUUUAGACGAGCAAGGUUUUGUGGAAAUUGAAACGCCCUACUUAGCCAAAUCAACGCCCGAAGGAGCCCGGGACUUUCUCGUACCUUCGCGUUACCGCGGUAAGUUUUUCGCUUUGCCCCAGUCGCCGCAACUUUAUAAACAACUUUUGAUGGCGAGCGGUUUUGAUCGUUAUUACCAGGUGGCACGGGUUUUUCGCGACGAAGAUAACCGCAAAGACCGCCAACCCGAAUUUACCCAGUUAGACUUGGAAACGACUUACGCCACGCCCGCCAGCAUCAAAGAGCUAAUUGAAAAAAUGCUCCGUGAGGGUUUAACAAAGUUGGGCAUUAAAGUUAAAAUACCUUUUCCGACGCUCAGUUACCACGAAAGUAUUAACAGUUACGGAACCGACCGACCCGAUUGUCGUUUUGAGCUACAUCUCCAAGAUCUGAGCGAUUUUUUCCGGGACAUGGGCCGCUUUGAACUAAAGCCGCCAGCGGUGGCCAAAGCUCUCAGUUUGGCUAAUCAAAUCUCUUCGCCAGUCGAAAAAAUGGUCCGUGAGAUCGCCAAAACUAACCGAGCUCAGCAAUUAGGACCAAAAAUUCAAACUUGUCUCGUGCUGACCGGAGCGCCAUCAGAUGUGAACCAAGCUUUAGGUGCCAUUCGUAACUACUUAGGUGAGGAACUACAACUGGCCGAUCGGCGCCAGUUUUACUUUCUUUGGGUGGAGAAAUUUCCGCUUUUUGAACGCGAACUUAACAGCGCUAACUGGACUAGUUUACACCACCCUUUCACGAUGCCGACCGAUCCAACUGAGUUAGCCAAAGCUGCGCCCGGUGCCAACUUGGCAAGUUUGGAAGGACAAACUUUCGACUUGGUUCUCAACGGCUAUGAAGUCGGGGGCGGAUCAAUUAGGAUUAACGAGCUUGACCUUCAAAAGAAAGUUUUUGAACUGCUCAACUUAAGUCCCGAAGUUGUCAAAGAAAAAUUUGGUUUUUUCCUACGGGCGUUCGAUUACGGCUUNGCGGCGAAGAAGACGGAGUGA